AUGUACCGACAAAUCCUCGUGCAUCCGGAGGACUGUCGCCUGCAAACUAUCCUGUGGCGCCACAACAGCUCUGACGACGUCCACGAGUACGAGCUGAGGACCGUGACCUAUGGGCUAGCGUGUGCACCCUUCCUCGCCAUCAGGACUCUUCAUCAACUCGCAGCAGACGAAGAGGCACGAUAUCCACGCGGAGUCAAGGCACUGCGACACGACUGCUACGUCGACGACGUGGUCACCGGCGCCGAUAGCUUGGAAGAUGCUAUCGACCUUCAGCAGGAACUACGGAGUCUUUGCACGGCGGGCGGGUUUCCUUUGCGAAAGUGGGCUGCCAACAACCAGCAGGUGCUCACCGGAAUUCCGCCGGAACAUCGGCUUCAACGCGGACCGCGCUCGUGGGAAGGAGAGAGCCACGCCACCCUGGGUCUUCGAUGGCAUCCUCAAGGGGAUUGGUUCUCCUUCACCAUACGUCCGCGUUCAACCACCGACCUCACGAAGAGACGAGUCUUGGCCGAGACAGCUCGACUAUUCGAUCCAAUGGGCUGGCUAGCGCCUGUCGUCAUCCGAGCCAAAAUUCUGAUCCAGUCUACGUGGCUUCAACGGCUGGAUUGGGACUCUCCGCUGCCUGAUCAGGACGCACACCGCUGGAGACAACUGCUGAAUCAACUUCCGUUGCUGGAUCACAUCCGUGUGGAUCGUUGGCUCAGCACCGGAGACGACCAUUCGCAACUGCAGCUCCAUGGGUUUGCCGACGCUUCAGAGCGAGGAUACGCCGCCGUGGUGUACAUCCGCAACGCUGCAACAGAAAAAACGUCAAUCAACCUAUUGAUGGCAAAAUCGAAGGUCGCGCCUGUCAAGCAGGUGUCGUUACCUCGCUUGGAACUCUGUGCAGCAGCUCUACUUACCACGCUCAUGCUCCACGUGCGCGCUACUCUCGGUUUGACAACGACGCCGGUGCAUCUGUGGUCAGAUUCAAGGGUCACACUUCAUUGGAUCCGCGGACACAGCACUCGUUGGAAAACCUUCGUCGCCAACCGAGUAUCUCAGAUCCAGACCCUGCUUCCAGACGCUCAAUGGAGACACGUCGCUGGACGAGAGAAUCCUGCAGAUUGCGCAUCGCGCGGUGUUACUCCUGCUGAAUUAAUCAAUCAUGAGUUGUGGUGGACAGGACCUACCUGGCUCUCAGGAGACGAGACUGCAUGGCCGGGUUCAAACAUCGACGUCCCAGAGGAUGACCUCCCGGAGCAGCGAGCCACCGGUCUGGUAAUCAAGGCACCGGUCUCGGCAGAACCUGACCUCCUCCUCCGAUUUCCAACGCUGCACAGGCUGCUGCGGGUUACGGCAUGGUGUCGGCGAUGGCUCAAUAAGGCGAGACGUGACGCCAUACCUGGCCGUCUAUUGCAUCCGGACGAGCUGGACGUCGCCUUAUUUCGAUGGCUGCGAGUGGUGCAGGCGCUCCACUUUCCUACGGACGUAGCUGCGGCUUCUGCUGGACGCACUAGCCCACCACGAAGCCACCUAGCGAUGUUGAGUCCGGUCCUCGAUGAUCAAGGCGUGCUGCGCGUCGGAGGACGUCUCAAACAUGCUCAGCUACCACUCGACGAGAAACAUCCAAUGAUCAUCCCGGCGGCAUCAUGGUUGACUCGGCUGGUGAUCGAUUCCUGCCACCGACGGACGCUGCACGGAGGUGUGCAACUGACUCUCGGCCUGCUCCGCCUGCGCUUCUGGGUGCCUCGAGGAAGGACUACCGUCAAACAGCAGCUACACCGAUGCAUAACCUGCACUCGAUGGCGCGCCGCCACACCACAGCCUCCGAUGGGUAACCUUCCUCGGGAGCGAGUAACGCCAACUCGACCGUUCCUCAGCACCGGCUUGGACUACGCGGGACCAAUCCUCCUCCGGACCAGCAAGGGGCGUGGACACCGUGCGCACAAGGGGUACAUCGCAGUCUUCGUCUGCUUCUGGUCAAAGGCCGUUCACUUAGAAGUCGUCUCAGACUACACCUCGGAGGCCUUCAUCGCCGCUCUGCGCCGCUUCGUCUCCCGCAGGGGCCUGUGUGCUGAGAUCUACAGCGACUGUGGCACGACUUUCAUCGGAGCAGACCGGACGCUGCGAGGUCUCUUCAACGCAGCGACAGCCGAAGGUCAAAGUGCACUCUCAGAUGAUCCAGAGGACGUUUCGGCGCUGACCCCCGGUCACUUCCUCAUCGGGACACCGCUCCUCGCCUUGUCAGAACCGUCAUUGACAGAGCAGACGGUGUCCACCUUGUCACGUUGGCGUCAUCUGCAGCGGAUGAGGGAUCACUUCUGGCAGCGAUGGUCAUCCGAAUACAUGCACGGACUCGCCCCACGCACCAAGUGGCUCAAGGAUGCACCUGCACCCCACGUCGGCGAUCUCUGCCUCGUUCGCUCCGAGAUCACCCCCCCGAACCGAUGGCCCCUCGCUCGCAUAUCGCGUUUGCAUCCCGGGGACGAUGGAGUUACACGCGUAGUGACGAUCCGAACGGCCACGUCCGAGCUCGUGCGCCCACUCGUCAAGCUCGUGUUUCUUCCGGGCGUGAACGACGUUCCUACACCGCACGUUGACGCAUAG